AUAGCUCGAAUGGAAGGCAAAUCAACGAAAUCAAACGAACGGGUCAAAUCGAGUCAAAAUGCGAAAUCGACCAAUCAAUCCGGCGUGGAGGUUAAUCUGCCGGCGAUAUCAACUCGGGGCAGCGGCCGGAUGCGGCGACGGUGACGGACGCCGGCGACAGUGGCGGAGCGGCAGCUCGACGGCGAUGGGCAGCGACUGGCGGCGCUGCAAUCGACGGCGGCGGACGACCGACGAAGGCGAAACAGCGGCGUUGCACUCGACGGCGAGGAUGGCCGCUGUGCUAAGAGCGACGGCGGCUGGAGGCGACUGGCGGCGCUGCGCUCGACGGCGAGAGCCUGCCCCUCUUGCCCUCACUGAUAAAAGUACUGCUGAAGAUAAAAUAGUACAUGAGAGAUGGGAGAGGUGCAACAGAAUGGCUCUUGUGCUCAUUAAAAAUUCCAUCAGCAUAAUCAUCAGGGGAGCUAUUCCAGAUUCAUCUAAUGCUAAAACAUAUUUGGCUUCCGUGGAGGAACUAUUCAAAGCAACUUCUAAGGCACAUGCUAGUACUCUUAUUUUGAAGAUGGUGACUACAAAAUAUGACAGGAAUAGCGGCAUUCGUGAGCACAUCAUGAUGAUGAACGACAUGGCCUGCAAGCUUAAGGGAUUAGACAUGGAGAUCAGUGAAGGUUUUCUGAAGGUCAAGUGGUCGAUGAAUGAGUUGAUUGCUAUGUGUGUACAAGAAGAAGAGCGUCUGAAGCUGGACAAACCUGAUGUGGCUUACCUCAUGACCGCUAAUCCAAAGAAGAGGAAGGGAAAUGUCGAUAAGAAGGAAGUUUCUAAAGUCCAGAAACGUGAUGCAAGUGCUUCUUCCAGCUCUAAGAACUCCAAAGGGAAGUCUUACUGCAAGUUCUGUCGCAAGGAAGGACAUAGACAAAAAGACUGCCAAGACUUUAAGGAGUGGCUAACGAAGAAAGGGAUUCAUUACCAUCCAGAAGCUGGAAAGAAGCCGAAGAACACUUAAGCUGGAGAAUGGAACUGAACUAGCUGUCGAAGCCGUGGGAACCUUAGAAUUAAUAAUGAAAACUGGUUUAUGUAUUAAACUUUAUGAUACCUU